AUGCACAGCCGCGCUCUCACCUAUGCCGGAUUGGCGGUAGCCGUUCUCGCAAUCUCGAACAGUGCAGUCACUGCGCAGGAAACUGAGCAUCACCUUGCUGCCCGCGCCGAACUGGCGAAUGAAGCAGCCGACAUUCAAAAGGAAUUUGGGCAGAGUGUUGAUGUGAGCCUGGACGGUUACGAUCAUGAGCUCGUCGCCCGCAGCGUCGCAGAAAAUGCUGAUGACAAUCCUGAAGAGACCGACGGGAUCGUUGUAGAAGAGAACGACGAAGUUGAAGACGAGGACGAAGAAGCAGACGAAGAAGCUGAGCUUGUUCAGCGAGACGUUACUGAGGAAGACGAUGAUGAUUCCGAGCUUCCCGCCGACGUGGACUACAGUCUGGAAGGUUACAACCACAAGCUAGUCGCCCGUAACCGCGGCGCAAACCCAGAUACAGAUCUAAUCGAUUACAGCCUCGAAGGGUAUGACCACGGGCUUAUUGCACGCCAAGUUGUGCCCAUUGAGGACGAGGGAGACGAGGAGGAUGAGGGAGAGGAUGCGGAGGAGAGCGAUGGCACUCUCGACAGUGAUCUCAGAGUUCGUGAUGCCGCCGCUCUGGACAAUGGCGUUCUCGCCGGUGCCGUUCCAAAGAACAUCUUAAAGAAGCUCGGGCGAAUGAUGCCUCAUCAUGUUCAAGCAAAGCGUUCUGAAGACGAAGAUGACGACUCGGCCGACCUAGCGGCCCGCGAUGCUGCACUACCGGCUCGGCUUCGUAAGAAGCUCCAGCGCCUGAAGCCUCAUCAUGCCGCUCGUUAUCAGCGUAUCCACCAUGCCAAGCGUACGGCGGACGAUCCCUUCAAGGAGCAAUACGUCGCGGAGAGUGGUGAUCAAGAGACGGAGGUCGAUGAUGAUGAUGACUUCGACUACGAGACUCAGGACGAGCCUACUGGAUACGACCACAGUACCCUGGAACAACAAGCUUCAACGGAAGGAAAGGAUGAGGACAAGGUUGAUCUCGUGACGCGCUCGGUUACAAGCGGCGAGGACGAAGAUUUCACGGAGGAGAAAAGUUGGUUGGACGUGAAGCGCUGGUUUUAA